AUGUCUGAGAAGGAAUUGGUCAAGUACACCAAAAAACUGUUGGUUCAACCACCAACACUAACACCGACGGAUUUAUAUGAUGCCAUUCUACUUAUAAUGAAGAUAAUCCACGACGCCCAGCCAGAAGAAGAACUUUCCAACUACGUCAAGAUUUCCUCUUUUCUCUCAUCUCUAAGAGCCACAGGGUUGGACCAUAAGGCCCAGUAUAUUGCUAAAGCUGCAGAAGCUGUUUUACAGUUCUCAGAUAUGGUCAAAAUUGCCAAAGAGGACAUUGCGGACCCAGAAAGAGAAACCGUACUGGAUAUAGUCGGUACUGGGGGUGAUGGACAAAACACAUUCAACGUCUCCACUUCAGCUGCUAUCGUAGCCUCGGGGAUUCCAGGUAUUAAGGUUUGUAAACAUGGUGGGAAGGCAUCCACUUCGAAUAGUGGAGCUGGCGAUUUAAUAAGUGUCCUUGGUUGUGAUUCUGCCAAGGUCACUUCUUUGACUGUGACCGAAUUAUGGAGAAAUAACAAUUUCUUAUUUCUAUUGGCUCCCUUGUUCCAUGAUGGGAUGGGACGAGUGGCUCUAAUUAGGAAAUUAUUGGGGAUCCCCACUAUCUUCAACGUAUUGGGACCUCUCUUACACCCCGUGAGCCCCGUGAAUAAGAGAGUUUUAGGUGUUUAUUCUGAGAAACUAGCCCCAGAAUAUGCUCUGGCCGCAUCAUUAGUAUAUCCGGACAGUGAAACUUUUGUCGUUUGGGGUCAAGUGGGAUUAGACGAAGUAUCACCUUUGGGGAAGACCACCGUUUGGCAUGUCAAUAGUGAUGAUAAUAAGGAAUCUAUCGUGUCAUUUGAAUUGGAACCUUCCAUGUUUGGCAUAAAGGAACAUGCCUUAUCCGAAUGUGCAUCUUUGGGCCCCAAGGAAAAUGCUAAGAUACUGAGAGAUGAUAUUCUUUCAGGAAAAUAUCAUCUGGGAGAUGACCAUCCUAUUUACGAUUAUAUCUUACUGAACACCGCGGUAUUAUAUUGUUUAAGUGAAGGUAACAAGAAUUGGAAAGAAGGUGUUGCUAAGGCUGAGGAAAGCAUACACUCUGGCGCUGCCUUGAAAGCUCUGAAUCAUUUCGUUGCAGAUGUUCAGAAGUUGUAA